GACCGAUACGGUACUCUGUCUCUCUUUCUCCCUCUCUCCGGCGCAGCAAAGAAAAACACAGACGGUGCGAAAGUGUGUGUGAGUGAGGUGCCCGCGACGAACGUGAAUCUGAAAACAAUCGCGCUACCGUGUCUCGACCUGGAACGCAGUAUAGCGUCGCGACGCGUACGUCCCGGUACUACCCCGAAAAAAUCAACGCGGCGGGUUUAUUUUCCUCCGACCACUCUUCGCCGGCCAUAUUGCAUACCAGAACGAGCGAGACGGUACGCGGCCUACAGCCUCGCGACUGACGGAGACGGUACGGUACUCUCCAGAGGCUGAACGAGUCUCUCGUACGGAGAGACGAGCGGGGACAAGCCGAGGAAUGUUAGAGCACGGAACGAACAACACGUGUACUUGAAUUUCGGCCAUGUCGCGCUAGGUACGACCAAGUCAUGAUGCGGGCUAUUUUUCUGCGGGUUCUGAUCGUCAACGCGGUACUGCUGGUCGGUGGUGGACAAGGGAACGUCACCACCGAAUCGCCGUAUGAUUAUUCGGUACAGAUGCAGUCUCGUGCCGUCGACACCCGAGUCACCUUUGACAUAUCGGAAGGUAGGCCGAAGGGCAGCUUGGUAGGUCGCAUACCAACCAAGCCGGGGUUCGUCUACCGGUUCAAUGAACCUCCGAAAGAGUUUUCUUUGGACGGGAACACUGGGGAAGUGAAAACCGCGACGGUGCUAGACCGCGAGGCUUUGAAAAAUGACCGGUACGACCUGGUAGUGCUUUCUAGUCAGCCCACUUACCCCAUCGAGGUGCGUAUCGUCGUGGUCGACGUCAAUGACAAUCCGCCAGAAUUUCCCGAACCUAGUAUAGCGGUAUCGUUUUCCGAAAGCGCGGUGGCGGGUACCAGGUUGCUGUUGGACGCUGCCACCGACAAAGACUCUGGUGUCAACGGCGUGAGCGACGACUACAGGAUCAUAGCCGGUAACGACGGGAAUAAGUUCCGGCUUAUCGUCACCUCCAACCCUAUCGGCGAUUCUUCGUACUUACACCUUGAGACCACGGGUAAACUAGACAGAGAAACACAGGGGUACUACACCCUGAACAUAUCUGCGAGAGACGGAGGCGAAAUCCCUAAUUACGGGUACCUGCAGGUGAACGUUACCAUUCUGGACGUAAACGACAACCCACCGAUUUUCGACCACAGCGACUACAUAGUUUCUUUGAACGAGAGCGUGACACCGGGCACUACCGUGUUGCAAGUGAUGGCUACCGACAACGAUUUGGGAGACAACGCCAAAAUCACAUACUAUUUGGCGGACAAAGAGCGCCAAUUCGCCGUGGAUCCUGAAACCGGCUUAAUUUUCACUUCCGAACUGUUAAACUGUCCCCAGCAGCAGAACUGUCCCCAAAGCAACUCGAAAUCGAGCUGCCCCAAGAGUUGCGUGUUCACUGUGUACGCCAGGGAUCACGGCUCUCCACGCCAAGACGGCCGGACUUACGUGACUGUGAAUUUAGUGGACGCGAACGAUCACGAUCCCAUAAUCAAGUUCCGGUACUUCCCAGCGACCGCAGGUUUUGCCACCGUGGACGAGAACGCUGGUAAUGGAUCAGUGGUGGCCGCAGUCUCUGUAGUAGACGAGGACGAGGGUUUAAACGGGGACACUACUGUGAAAAUCGUUUCCGGUAACGAGCUGAACAAUUUCCGGUUAGAUUACACUCCUAGCUUUGAUAUAGUGAGGGUCAACGGGGUGCUCGAUCGAGAGGAGAUCUCCAAAUACAACUUGACGAUAGUGGCGACGGAUAGAGGUUCUCCUCCACGUACGGCAACUGCUUUUUUAAUAAUACACGUGAACGACGUCAACGACCACGAGCCGGUGUUUGAGAAGAGCGAGUACUCGGCUGUACUCAGCGAACUCGCUCCUCCCGGUACUUACGUAGCUGGUAUUACGGCUACCGACGAAGAUACCGGAGUAAAUGCUCAAAUAUACUACUCUUUCGUAUCGGGCAACGAAAACGCCUGGUUCCUGAUGAACCCCGACUCGGGAUUAAUCACGACGCAAGCUCAUCUCGAUAGGGAAGUGCGUGGUACGGUGGAACUAAACAUAUCCGCGAGGGACGGCGGACCUAAUCCGAAAUGGGCGUACACUCAGUUAAAAGUUACGAUUUUAGACGAGAACGACGAAGCGCCAGAGUUCUCUCAGACGAAGAUAAACGUCAGUUUGUCGGAGAGUACCCCGCCGGGUACUCUCGUCGCCAUGUUGACGGCGUCCGACCAUGAUCAAGGCGCGAACGGUAGCGUGACGUACACUUUGCAUCCCGCAGUACGGCAAAGGUACGAUGACACUUUCAUUUUGGACGCCCUCACCGGUCAGCUGACAAUUAAGAAAAAACUGGACAGGGAAACUAUCGCCGAUUACGUAAUACAGGUAACCGCCAAAGAUCAAGGCCUUCCGCCUCAAUCUUCUACCGCCACCGUGUACCUCACCGUAUCCGACGUAAACGACAACAACCCCGAAUUCUACCCCCAGAAGUACUUCGUAGCGGUACCGGAUGACGUCAAACCCGGUACAACUGUGCUUAAGGUGACUGCUAGAGAUCGCGAUGAAGGCGAGAACGCUAUGGUGACUUACAAGUUGGAAAACGAAUCGGAUGGGUUGUUUUCCAUAGACGAGUGGACCGGGUCCGUCAGCCUGCGGGGCACAUUGAAGACGUCCACUAAGCCUAUCUACAAACUCCAUGUGUCUGCUAAGGACCACGGCGAUAGACGCACUCCGGAAGACGCGGUGGUCGAGAUAAUCAAAGAGUCGUACAUGGAGGAGCUGCAUUUCGACAAUUACGGCGGCUACGAGUUUCAGUUGUUGGAAGACGUCGACGGGGAGGCGUUUAAAAGCCGAGACGUCGGGAUCGUGGCCGUGAGGAACAGCGAGGCCGCGUACACGAUCGUCUACGGCGACCCGAACAAAAAUUUUUACAUAAACGAGAGAACGGGCCGUAUCGGCACGAUGAAGCCGAUAGACCGCGAGCAAACUGUUACGUACAAGCUGACAGUGGCGGCACGUGUUCGACUAUCGUACGGUACGACCAACGUUAGCGUCGAGGUGCAAGACUUGAACGAUAACAGGCCGAUUUUUUUAAAUGGUGACAGGGAAAUCAAACUCUUUGAAAAUGCCGCGGUAGGUCAGGAAGUUUAUCUGGCCAGAGCUAGAGAUUUGGAUGCAGGCAUUAACAGCAGGCUCACGUACGCGUUGAGUCAUAAUCCUGACGAGCAGUUCCGCAUAUCGGAAGCGACGGGAGUGAUUUAUCUAAACAAGCCGAUAAGAGCGGAACCUAAUUCGGUAUUACGGGUGGAGGUUACGGCGACUGAUGCGGGAGAGUCCCCGCUCUCCUCGAAACACUCGGUGGAUGUCGUAGUGGAGGACGUUAACGAUCACACUCCGGUGUUCGAUCAUACGUCAUACGAAACGUCAUUGCUUGAGUCGACUCCCGUGAACGAGAGAUUUUUUGCUUUGGCUGCUAGCGAUGCCGAUUUCGAGCUGAACGGGAGGAUAUCGUACGCUAUUACUGAAGGAAAUGGGGAGGAUAAGUUCGGGGUGUUUCCGGAUGGGUUUCUCUACGUCAAGGAACCUCUGGAUAGGGAGGAUAAGGAUUACUACUCGUUAACGGUGACCGCGAGCGACCUGGGCACACCUACGAGGUCGUCGUCGGUGCCGGUGGUGAUCCACGUGAUCGACGAAAAUGAUAACGCGCCCGAGUUCACCAACACUACGUUCACAUUUCGGGUGAGGGAGAACGAGCCACCGGACACUUUCGUCGGCAAACUAACCGCUACGGACAAAGACAUCGGCCGCAACGCCGAGUUGAUUUUUUCCUUGUCUCACUUACAAAACGAUUUUUCGAUCGAUCCGAAAAACGGGUUCAUAAAAACCGCCCGAGUGUUCGAUCGGGAACAGCUGGUGCAGACUACCGGACAGAAUUUCGUCACCCUCGAAGCUAUCGUAUCGGACAACGGUAUCCAAAAACUCCGCGAUAAGGUCAAAGUGAAUAUAUAUGUCACCGACGUGAAUGACAACCCACCCAAAUUUCUCCGGGUGCCUUACAAAGUUCAAAUCCCGGAAUUGUCGCUGGCAGGGAGUCAAGUGUUAAGGUUGUAUACCAGCGACGCUGACGAAAGUCUCAACGGGGAUGUAUAUUACUCGAUUUUGAGCGGUAACGAAGACAGACGUUUCGAGAUUGAAGAUGCCACCGGACAAAUCAUCCUUGCUCGUCCUCUGGACAGAGAAACCACUCCCAAGUACACAUUAACAAUCCAAGCAAGAGAUGCCGGUUUAUCGAAGCAGCUGACCGCGACUACCACUGUGGUGGUCGACGUGUUGGACGAGAAUGAUAACGCUCCUGAGUUCACCCAAUCGGAAGUGCAGAUCUCCAUAAGCGAAAUUACCCCCGUGAACACCGAGGUUAUGCACUUCCGUGCUUCCGACGCUGAUCUGGGGGUCAACAACGAAGUCGUGUACUCUAUUACCGCGGGUAACAGGAAAGACACAUUUCACAUGGAUUCCAUAAGCGGUAUCUUAUACCUGCAUAAACCUUUGGACUACGAAGAGCUCAGCGCUUAUCAACUGAACAUCACCGCUUCGGAUAACGGCAACCCGAGACUGUCGACGACCAUUUUGUUCGCCAUCACCGUCGAGGAUGCCAACGAUAACCCACCAUCGUUCCUUAGUACGGCAAUAGUGAGGCAGUUCCCCGAAGGUAUGCCUGUGCGCACACCUAUAGUGACAGUGACAGCUGACGAUCCAGAUUCGGGACUUAACGGCAAAGUGACGUACGCUAUAUCGAACCAAGACCCAGACAAUGGUCGCAGACAUUUCGGGAUCAACCCUACUACCGGAGUGAUCCAUACGCUGCUUCCCAUAGAUCGGGAAACUGUAGAUACCUUCAGGCUGACGGUGGUGGCCACCGAUAGGGCCGAACCCGAAUCCGCUAGACUUUCCGCGGAGAAAUUGGUGACCGUCAUAGUGGAAGACGUUAACGAUAACGCCCCAGUGUUUGUGUCGAUGAAUGCGGCGAUACUACCAUCAUCAGGAUCCACCGUGAUGACCGUGUUCGCAAGAGAUUUGGAUUCGGCCACCAACGGUUUAGUUACUUAUGAAUUGGUGAGCGAUCCGAGCGAGUUGUUCGCGCUGGAUCAAAGCGGCGGAGUGUUAAAGCUACGCAGGCACCCGCAACGUCUAGAACCAACUUACAAGUUGUCUGUUAAAGCUACGGACGAGGCGGUACAGAGUGAGAGGAAAUCGACCGAGGCUUAUCUGACGAUAAUAGCGGUGGAUGAUAACGGUAACGAUGGUCCGAAAUUCGAACGUGACGAGUUUUUCGGUAGUGUUUUCGAAAACGAACCGGCCGGCACAAGCAUACUGUCGGUGUCGGCGAGGCAGCGACGUCACGGCGAAGACGUCGAGUAUUACGUAACGAACGUGACAGGUGGCGGCGUACAGGUUGACAGAUUGUUCGAUAUAGAUACGAAACUCGGCGUGUUGUCGACAGCCACGCAGCUCGAUCGCGAGGCAGGAGUCGACGUGUACGACGUCGAGGUCUACGCUAUAGUCAGCAAUGCGCCCGGCAAGCCGAAAACGUCAAAGAUAAAGGUUCAGAUUACAGUGUUGGACAAAAACGACAGCCCGCCCUCGUUUAAGAACGCGCCUCUUCAGUACAUGGUAUCGGAAGAUCUCGGGCCAGGCCAAUCUGUAGCCACCAUUAGGGCGGAAGACCCGGACACCAUUGGCAAACUGGAAUAUUCCAUCCUUGGAGGAGACGAUGGCAAAUUCGCUUUAGAUAAAGAGAGUGGUGUUCUUCGAUUGAUCGACUCGCUGGACCGGGAGGCCAAAGACGUUUACAAGCUGGGGGUUAGAUGUAGUGACGGCAAUCAGCACACGGACACCAUCGUGAUUGUAGAUGUAAACGACACGAACGACAACCCGCCGGUAUUCCUCGAGACUGCUUAUUCCUUCGACAUCCCCGAGAACGCCAUUAGAGGGUCGAAGGUUGGUCAGGUGAAGGCCAAGGAUUCGGAUUUGGGCGUCAACGCUCAGCUGACGUACACCGUGAUCAGCGAUUGGGCGAAUGAUGUGUUUUCGCUUAAUCCCCAGACUGGCGUAUUUACGCUGACUUCAAAACUGGAUUACGAAGAGGUGCAGCACUACAUCCUGGUGGUCCAAGCUCAGGAUUCCGGCCUCCAACCCCUAUCCAGCACCCUUACCGUCUACUGCAACGUGCUCGACCUCAACGAUAACGCGCCAUUGUUCGAUCCGAUGUCGUACAGUAACGAGGUGUUCGAAAACGUCACGGUGGGAACGCAUAUCGUCACCGUCAGCGCGACAGACAUGGACUCCGGUACCAACGGUAAAAUAUCGUACAGCAUUACGUCCGGCGAUCCCAACGGCGAUUUCCAGAUCGCGCAAAAUGGUUCAAUCACCACAAGGAAACUUUUGGACCGAGAGACGACGGCUCUCUACAAUAUGGUCGUCACCGCAACGGACCAGGCGGUCCAACCAGAGAAACGGCUAUCGUCUACGGUUCAAGUGACGGUUAUCAUAAAAGACGUGAACGACAUGUCUCCCGAAUUCGUAACACCGAACGAAACCAGCGUGAUGGAGAACACCGAUAAGAACACGGUAGUGAUGGCGAUUAAAACCGUAGACAAAGACGAAGGCAGAAACGGCUACGUGGAGUACUUUUUAGCCUCCAACGGCGUGUUCUCUUUAGGCCCGGUGGACGGGCUGCUCCGAGUAGCGGGAAACAUCGACAGAGAGUCCAGGAACAACUACACGCUUCUGGUAACGGCCAGAGAUCGAGGCGAUCCUCCCAGAUCCACCAACACCACAAUCGCGGUCAGGGUGUUGGACGAAAACGACAAUAGUCCUGUUUUCGAUCCCAAACAGUAUAGCGCGUCUAUUGCAGAGAACGCUUCUAUCGGAGCUAGCGUCUUGCAGGUGUCUGCCACCGACGUAGACGACGGACUUAACGGCAGAGUCCGUUACUCCAUUAGCAACGGGGAUGACAAUCGCGACUUCAGCAUCGCCGAAGACUCGGGUGUCGUGAGGGUGGCCAAGAACCUAAACUACGAGAGGAAAUCGCGAUACGUUUUGAACGUAACGGCGGAAGACUGCGCCGGUGACGUCAGCGAGGGCGUCGUCAGAUCCGAUACGGCCGAGAUUACGAUUUCCGUUUCCGACAUUAACGACAACCCACCUACGUUUUUGGACUCGCCAUACCUUGCCUACGUCAUGGAAAACGUCAUACCACCCAACGGGGGUUACGUGGUGACUGUGCACGCUUAUGACGCAGAUACACCGCCGUUCAACAACUUAGUGAAGUACUUCAUUAAGGAGGGCGACACGGACAUCUUCAGGAUCAACGCUUCCACCGGAGAUGUGUCACUGCUGCGGGCGUUGGAUAGGGAGGUGCAGGACGAGUACCAGCUCAGUUUAGUCGCCAUGGAUACCGGUUCACCGCCUCUAACGGGCAGCGGUGUUCUCCGUAUCAUAGUCCAAGACGUCAACGACCACAGUCCCGAAUUCAAACGUCAAGAGUAUGUCGCUAGCGUAACGGAAAACUCCCCAGUCGGUACUUCGGUACUAACACCGGCAGCCAUCGACAAGGACAUCGGUCCGAACGGCAAAAUACUCUACAGCUUGCUGGGAGACAAGGUGGACAAUUUCCGUAUCGAUCAAGACACCGGUACCAUCUCCACCGGGGCCGUACUAGACCGGGAGAGAGUCGGUUUCUAUUCACUUACGGUGAUGGCGCAAGAUUGCUCCGCCACGGAACCCAGAGCUAGCGCUGUCAACUUGAGCAUCGUCGUCACUGACGAAAAUGACAAUUCGCCCACGUUUUCCUCUUCAAAGUACGAGGUUUACAUUUCCGACAAAACCAAUGUGGGCCAGUUCGUUUUCGGUGCAAGGGCGACCGACGAUGACGUCGGUGUCAAUAGCAAAAUAAGCUACUCCCUAGUGGGAGAGCAUUCCGUCAACUUCACCAUGAACCGAGAGACUGGAGUGGUCAGAGCGUCGUCCAAUCUUGAAAGGUCAAGUACCAGAACGUACCGUUUAGAGAUAGAAGCGAAAGAUGGCGGUCGACCGAGCAGGAAGACCAGCGCGGAGCUGAAAGUUCACUUGAAAGAAGACCACUCGUUCCCCAGGUUCACUUCAACAGGUCGUACCCAGUUCGUACUGCCGGAGAACGUUGAGGAGGGGAAAGUGUUCGCAAAAGUCAGGGCGACGUCGCCCAAAAAAGGACCAGGCGGGGAGAUAAAGUACGCGAUAGCGGGAGGCAACGUGGGGGAAUCGUUAAAAAUUGACCGGAACUCCGGUGAAAUCCGGGUGUCUGGCGCGGGAUUAGAUUACGAAACGUCGACGCAAUACGAGGUAUGGAUAGAGGCUCAAGAUUCAGACGUACCGCCGCUGCGAAGCGUACUGCAGCUGAACAUCAACGUGACGGACGCCAAUGACAACGCGCCGGUAAUGAAGAUGCAGCUUUAUAACGCUUCGGUCGUGGAGGAGGAAUCGCCGCCCCUGCUGGUCGCAAGGAUAUCGGCUACGGAUGCCGAUUCGGGUGAAAACGGCAAAGUCCAAUACAAACUUUUGGACGACAAAGAAGGCGCCUUCGAGAUGGACGCUGCGAGCGGAGAGAUAUACACCAGCACCAAGCUGGACCGGGAAGAUAUCCCGAACUACGAGCUGACGGUAUUGGCGGUGGACCUGGGUGAACCUCAGCUGACAGGUACCGCUACCGUCUUGGUAACGGUUGUCGACAAAAACGAUAACCCUCCAAGAUUCACGAGACUCUUCAGUGUCAACGUCACCGAAAACUCCGAGAUCGGAUCGUUCGUGAUCCGAGUGACCAGUUCCGAUCAAGACGUCGGCGAGAACGCCAACGCCACCUACAGUUUCACCGAGAACCCCGGGGAGAAGUUCAAAAUAGAUGGCGUCACAGGCAACGUGACAGUAGCGGGUCAUUUGGAUCGCGAGCAGCAGGACGAAUACCUGCUAAAAGUAGCCGCCGUGGACGGCGCCUGGCGUGCCGAGACACCCCUCACCAUUACUAUCCAGGAUCAGAACGACAACGCACCAGAAUUCGAGCACUCGUACUACAGCUUCAACUUCCCCGAGUUGCAGAGAGACGUCGUCUUCGUAGGGCAGGUUAUCGCCACCGAUAGGGACAAACAAGGACCGAACUCCGUCAUCAGUUAUUCGUUACAACAACCUUCCGAUUUGUUUACCGUCGAUCCUGCCUCAGGAGAAAUUUUCAGCAAACAGAGUAUUAGGUUCAAGCAUACCCAGUUAGAAACUUCGCCUGAGAACACAUACGCUUUGACCGUGUUGGCGACUGAUAACGGGAAACCACCAAUGUCGUCCGAAUGCACCAUCACCAUCAACGUAGUAGACGCUAAUAAUAACGCCCCCAAGUUCGAACAGCAGGAGUAUUUAUCACCCGUGCCAGAACAUGCGGUCGAAGGUCAGCAUUUAGUCAGAGUCGUGGCUAAAGACGAAUUGGAUGCCGGCGUGAACGCGGAGAUAGAGUACUCGAUCGUGGGAGGAAACGGUAGUGAUAAAUUCGCAGUGGAUAGGUCAACAGGAUGGGUGUCGUUAAAGAAGAAUAUUCGACGUGUCGGCUCCGUAUACAAUGUGAGAAUAAGGGCCACAGAUAGAGGCAUCCCUAUCCAAAUGGACGAGACUGCAGUCACUAUAAUAGUGACGGGAGAGAACAGGUACAGUCCCACGUUCACUGCGCUCAGUUACCAGGUGAUAGUCCCAGAAAACGAACCUUUGGGAUCGACGAUACUCACUGUCAGCGCUUCUGACGAAGAUGAAGGCCCGAAUGGCAUGAUAAGAUACGAAAUAUCGGCAGGCAACGAGCGAAAAGAGUUCAGCAUCGACAUGGUGACCGGCGCGGUAACCAUAUCCCAACCCUUGGACUACGACAUCAUCCAAGCUUACCACUUAAACAUUACCGCACAGGACCUAGGCUUCAAACCUCGCAAAUCGACGGCCAUGUUGACCGUCACGCUUACCGACAUCAACGACAACGCACCCAACUUCGACGAAACUUCUUACGACGCCUUCCUCUCGGAGAAUUCCGCCCCGGACAGUUUCGUCUUCAAGGUCCAGGCGACUGAUAUCGAUUCACCCAAAAACGCUGUCAUACUGUACUCUAUAUCGGAAAGCCCAGACAAAGAGUACUUUGACGUCGACCAAAGAACCGGCACGAUAACCUCCAAAGUCAGCUUCGAUUAUGAAUACAAAAACCUCUACCUCCUCAAUGUCGUGGCAGCGAAUCCGGACUCGUCGAUGUACGGUACUGCCGAAGUCCUGGUUCACAUAGUCGGCGUCAACGAGUACUUUCCCAAGUUCAUCCAAUCCGCGUUCCACUUCGAAGUGUCAGAAUCGACGGAGCUCGGUACCAAAAUCGGUACCGUUUUAGCUACGGACCAGGACUCUGGCGACGACGGUAAAGUUUACUAUUUAUUUGUCGGAUCGAGCAAUGACCGUGGCUUCAGCAUCAAUACGGAAUCGGGAGCAAUCAGCGUCUCCAGAAACCUCGACCGGGAAACUCAGAGUCGAAUAGUGUUGACUGUGCUGGCGAAGAACGCCGGAGGUAUCAGAGGAAACGACACAGACGAGGCGCAAGUCAUCGUUACUGUACAAGACGGUAACGAUCCACCAGAAUUCUUGCAAAAUAUCUACGAAGCGGAAGUUUCCGAAUCCGCAUUGCCCGGUACCAAAGUAACGACUGUCAAAGCCGUCGACAAAGAUGUCCGAUCCCAAAACAAUCAGUUCAGUUACUCCAUCAUCGGAGGCAACGUCGACCAAGCUUUCAGAGUCGAUUCCCGCACAGGCGACGUCAUCACUGUAAGAGAUCUGGAUAGAGAAACGGUACCGGUGUACUCGGUUAUCCUCGGCGCCAUAGAUACCGGCGUGCCUCCGCAAACAGGCACCGCAACCGUUAAAAUCCACCUGCUCGACGUCAACGACAAUGGACCGGUAUUCGACCCCCCUCAACCCGUCGGAAAGGUACUGGAAAAUGAACCAUCGGGUACCAAAGUGAUGACGUUAUCAGCCAAAGACCCGGACCUGCCCCCCAACGGAGCCCCGUUCACGUAUAAACUCGUAGGCGGGAAGCAUCGGGACUUCGUCACCGUCGACCGCCACACAGGGGUAGUUUUCACAACCAGACCCGCCGACAGGGAAGUAAACCCGGAACUGCAGAUCCUGGUGGAAAUCGAAGAUAGCGGUACGCCGAAAAUGAAAUCGCAGCACCCGGUCAAGAUCGACAUCCUUGACGAGAAUGACAGCGAGUCCACUCCCCGUUCGGUCCACGUCAUGGUGUACACCUUCAACGGCGAGUUUCCUGUGGGAAUGAUCGCCAACGUGCGUCCCAACGAUCCCGACUUGGUGGGCGACUAUAAGUGCAAGAUUAUCCAAAAGUCCGCGUCGUCCGACAUACUGUCCAUACCCGCCGGAUGCGAUUUGCACACAUCCAAGUGCAUGUCCGGUCAGGGGUACUCCUUAUCCGUAUCGGGCAGCGACGGAAAACACAAACCGGUCAUCUCGAGCGUCACCGUGGAGUUUGUGCCGUUCGAUAACAACACCGUGGAUAACUCGGUGGUACUCUUGGUAGCGAACCUCACCGCCGCUCAUUUCUUAGGGCACUACUACGCUGGUUUUCUGGAAACAUUGAAAUCGUCGCUAGCGGCUGACGAAACUUUGGUUUUGUACAGUCUUCACGAAUCUACGGAAGGUCUCCAACUAGCUACGGCUUUGAGAAGCGGUAUCUCGUACAAAACCAAGUCGUACACUGAAAACGCACUUCGCGAAAAACGGGAAGCACUGGCAGCACUUUUUAACUCGCGCGCCGUCACCGUCGGGUACUCGCCGUGCGCGGGCGACACCUGCGCUAACGACGGUACCUGUACAGAAUCUCUAAAUGUGAAACGAAACGCCAAAAUCACGGAUAGCCAAAACAUCGUGUUCACUUCGCCGUCGGUAGUACUCGAGUACCGGUGCCGUUGCGCGGACGGUUUCAGCGGUACCACGUGUGGAAAGCGACAAGAUCCAUGCAUGCCCAAUCCGUGCAAGAACAACGGUCAGUGCCGACGACAGGGAUUCGAUUAUCACUGCGUCUGUCCGCACAGCAGAGACGGACGCCACUGCGAGACUGAACGCGGUGACGCGUGUUCGGAAAAUCCGUGCCAAAACGGCGGUACAUGCAAGGAGAGUCCAGAUGGAUCGUCGUACUUUUGCCUUUGUCGGUCAGGGUACAGGGGCAACAGAUGCGAAGUCUUGGCGGACUUUUGUCGUCCUAAUCCUUGUCUGAACGGAGGACUGUGCGUCAACCAGAAACCCGGGUACAAGUGUAGCUGUACCGACGGACGGUAUGGCCGCCAUUGCGAGAAGACGACGUUCGGUUUCAACGAGCUUUCGUACAUGACGUUCCCGCCGCUAGAUGCCACCACCAACGACAUAUCCUUCGUUUUCGCUACCACCAAGCAGAACUCGCUGUUGGUCUACAAUUACGGGGUGCAAACGGGUGGGAGGAGCGAUUUCGUGGCGGUUGAAUUGGUAAAAGGGCGGGCGGUUUUUUCAUUUGGUGGCGCCCGUACCGCCGUAACUUCGGUUAGCGUCGGCGGUAGGUCUAAUAACCUCGCGGACGGAAGCUGGUACAAGAUCACGGCGACGAGAAAUGGCAAGGUUAUAUCACUGAACGUGGGUACAUGCACAGACCAGGGGGACAUCUGCGAGGAGUGCCGACCUGGUGACGGUGCUUGCUACGCCGAGAAUACAGGGGAUAGCGGAACGUUGAAUUUCAAUAACCACCCACUGAUAAUCGGUGGACUGGACAGUCCGGAUCCGAUCUUGGAACGACCGGGACAAGUGCAUUCGGACGACUUUGUCGGGUGCGUCCACAGCGUAUCCGUCAACGGCAGGCAGCUGAACCUGAGCAAACCAAUCAGAUCAGAGGGCGUGGAAAAAAAAUGCUCGCGGUCCCUGACGUGCACCAAGUCCUUCUCCGACCAGUGCGGCGGCUCCGGCACCUGCGUCGACCGUUGGAGUAGCUCUUCGUGUGCGUGUGCUGACGAUCGAAUCGCGCCCAAUUGCAAUUCCGCCCUUCGACCCAUCACCGUUGCCGAUGGCGGCUUCAUAGAGUUUCGCGUGUCGAAAAAACACCGUAGGAUGCAGUUGCUGGAUAACAUCUACGGUGGUACCACCUUGUGGGCCGACCGCCCCAGGUCCGCCCUGGUCGACAAAACUGUCAAGAUCAACUUUAGGACGUCGAAGUCGAACGCGUUACUCCUCUACGCCAGCAGUAACAAGUACUACACGUCCGUGGAACUAGUCGCUGGAAAGGUCGUCUACAAGAGCAAACUGUCAUCGGCGGUAAACAUGAGCGGAUCACAUCCCUCCGUCACCGACGGCAGGUGGCAUAUCUUGACCUUGAGAGGACGAGACCGUGCCGUCGAAAUCAAUCUCGAUGGUCAGUUGCUGGGGGAGGAACUCGAGGCGGCAGGUGUUCACGACUUUUUGGAUCCCUACCUGACGUACUUGUCGAUAGGCGGGGCGGCCAGAAGCGCGUACCACGCCAACACUUCAUUCCCGGACUAUUUCGAAGGUUGCCUCGCGAAUUUCACCGUCAACGGUGAGAUUCAGCCGUUCAACGGCACCGGAUCUAUAUUCUCAGAGACCGUCGCUCACGGCAAGAUUAGUCAAGAAUGUAACGGUGCCGUAGGCGUCGGCAACGCCGCUAUCCAGGACCCGUUGAGUAUCGGUAUCACUCUCGUGAUUGUUUUCUUCAUCGUUCUCCUAGUCGCCAUCUUGGUGUCGUUCGUCGUGUUUCGUUUGAGGAAACAGUACAAGGAGAAAGGAGGAGGUCCGAGCGGCGCGACCGCAAUUCAAAGUAAGCAGAACGGCGUCCCUAAUAUAGCGAAUGGUUUGAACGUCGUCAACGAGAACGUGCUAUCCCGGAACCUACAUGGCGUGGACGGCGCCAUGUCGUACCAUUCCGAAGGUGACGUUAUUCGGGGUAUAGGCGGCCACCCGUUGGUCGGACCUGAACUGCUACCGAAAAAGUUCAAGGAGCGUGACAUCCAAGGUGACUUGCCGAGACCCCAAAGGCCGGACAUCAUUGAGAGAGAAAUCGUGACGAAAAAUCCGCCGUUAAGGGAUGAACAUCACUUGCCGCUACCGCCCUCUUCCGUACACAAUCACGAUCAUACGGCCAACGAUAUGAACUCAGAUAUGCCAGAACAUUACGAUUUGGAGAACGCUAGCUCGAUAGCGCCUUCCGACAUAGAUAUAGUGUAUCAUUACAAAGGCUUCAGGGAAGGUGGGGUGCGCAAGUACAAGGCCGCGCCCCCGUCCGUGGGCGGUUACCAUCAUAAGCACGCAGUAGGGCAAGCGCAGGCGCAGCACAGACACUCGCCGCACCAUCCUACCGGGUACCCUCCGAGGACGUUACCGGUGACUAGUCCCGGGGCGAGACCCCAUCAGAGCACACCACUGGCUCGGUUGAGCCCGAGCAGCGAGAUGAGCGCGCAGCAGCCGAGGAUACUCACCCUACAUGACAUUAGUGGUAAACCAUUGCAGAGCGCGCUGCUGGCGACGACGUCCAGCUCGGGAGGCGUCGGAAAGGACGUGCUGCACAGUAACAGCGAGCGCAGUCUGAACAGUCCGGUCAUGUCGCAAUUAAGCGGUCAAAGUUCCAACAGCAGGAAGGGCGCCGCACCACCGCCUGUCACAUCGACGUCCCCCGGGAUGGGCCUCACCGCCGAAGAGAUCGAAAGACUGAACUCGCGUCCUCGGACCUCUAGCCUUGUGUCUACCCUCGACGCAGUAUCGAGUUCGAGCGAAGCGCCACGCGUCGGCGGCGUGACGAAUCACCUUAACCAUAUGCGUCACAGUCCGGUACCGGAAACGCAUCACAGUUCGACGACGACCGACGAAAGCGGAAACGACAGUUUCACGUGUUCGGAAAUCGAGUACGACAACACGAGCUUGACGGGUGACGGUAAAUACAAACAGAACGAGAUCGAGUCGCGACGAAACGACACGAGUUCGGGCGACAAGGGUAAUAAUAUUCCGCCCCCGUCCUACGACGGUUUCGAUUCGUCGUACCGCGGGUCGAUGAGUACUUUGGUGGCGUCCGAUGACGAAAUCGGGGGGCCGAUGUACAGCACGGGGGUGGCAUCGCCUACCGCCACCGCUUUAGGGUGGGACUAUUACCUCAAUUGGGGUCCGAACUUUGAAAGUUUAGCGGGAGUGUUUAAAGAUAUCGCCGAGUUGCCGGAUGCGGUCAAUGGAAGGGUGGCAGCGUCGCUACGACUCGCGAACUCCGCCCCCAAGCCGUCGGAAGAAUACGUGUAGUUUUUUAGGGUCGGAAAGUGUGCGUGUGGGUGUGUGUGUGCCGUUUAAGUAAUAAGCGAUCGCGUGCAGUCCUUGUAUCAAGGACGUCCCGGUAUAUAUACUGCGAUCGUCUUGCCAUAUUUUGUUUCUAUGUACGUUAAUUUGUAUUAUAGUUGUCCUAUUUUGCGAAGACUUGUAAAUAUAUCUUUAUGGAAUGUUUUUUUUACAAAGUCACUGCUAGAAGUUAAAUAUUUAAAUAAAAAAGUAAAU